AUGAAGCAGGUAGAGUCAGGUGUGGAAGAGGAGGAGCAGUAUGAAGCAGGUAGUCAGGUGUAUAAGAGGAGGAGCAGUAUGAAGCAGGUAGUCAGUGUUGUUGCCACGGCGAGGCGCUGGUGUCCGUCAUCGGACCACUUCCCCCCUGCCAGCUGCCAUUUUGGGUCAACAGGUGGAUUCAGGACAAAGAGAAAUGAAGGGGGAGAAGAAGAGGAAGAACGCUCGCCCAUCUACUCUCUCUCCAAGAGCUCCAUGGACAUAGUCAUGGCAACCGGACACCAGCAUCUGCUAGACCCGGCCUGGGCAAAACUGGAGCUGAGACGUAGCGCCAGCCAUAACACACACUCCUCCCCAAACACACAAACACCAAAACUCACACAGCAGCAGCAAUACAGACAAAACACACCCUCACACACGUCUCAAAACAUACACGGGCACGGCUCUCCCCUUGGCAACGAGCGUGUGGAGAGUUGGAGUGUGUGUAGUGGCGGCAGCACGCCAGAGACGGUCAUGUGGAAGGGAGGGGCCUCCCGCCCCUGGAUUAUAACUGAGGAGAGCCCCUGCGUCUCAUACUUCACUCGCUGCUCCAAACUGGCAUCAGAGUCUCAGUCUUCCUCACCCCUAACUGUAACCUCACCCCUAAACACACCCACACACGCCACAACACUACAAUCAUGCCACCCCCUACAAUACAUACCAUCACACCUAACUGUAGACACACCCCAUCAGACACACACACACUCACCUGUGUCCUCACCCCUACCUUUAAUAUCCUCCCUACCCACAACUCCACCUUUAACCUCACCUGUAACCUCACCCCUACCCUCACCUGUAACCUCACCCCUACCCUCACACGUAACCUCACCUGUCACCUCACCUGUAACCUCACCCCUACCUGUAACCUCACCCCUACCUGUAACCUCACCCCUACCUGUAACCUCACCCCUACCUGUAACCUCCCCCCCACCUGUAACAUCACCUCUACCUGUAACCUCACCCCUACCUGUAACCUCAUCUGUAACCUCACCCCUACCUGUAACCUCACCCCUAGCCUCAUCCCUGACACAUAAAGGAUGCCCACCAAAUCCUUACACAGACGAGGCUCGUUCCCCCCACAAGCAUUCUUCUUCCCCCUACCCCUUCCCCUCUCCUUCCUGUAGAGCUCAAGGUGAGGAAGGUCUAGUGGAGAGGGGCAACAAUGAGCUGGUCCCACCCCAGCCAGGGUGCACCAGUGUGGGGACAUGCUAUGGAGAGAAGCCCCCUAUCCUGAAUGCAAAACCCAGUCCCAGUCCUAACAACAACACACAUCCCCUGGGUGUUAGCCUGGGCAGCCCUGUACAGCAGCAAGAUGUGGUGAUGGACCCUUGGGUGUUUUUCCUGAGCCCACCAUCUCACCUGGCAUUGUCAUGGUUACAGAGGCGCACUUGUCCAUCUGACCGAGGUCAGAGGUCGGUGGCUUUAGUCUCCUCCCUCAGUGACUCGCGAUUGGAUGGCUGCCACCGCUGCUGCUAUAACUCUGCCCACUCAGGGGUCAUGAACUUGAUGACAUCAUCACCCCAGGGGUCAGGGUUCAAGGAUGAGGGGACGAUGACAUCACAGAGGGAGCUGGUUGAGGUAGGGGUGCAGGCGGGGUCACCUCUAGGGUCAAAGUUCAACUUUAGGUCAAAGUCCUUCCAGAGCUCCAUAAAGGAUCAUGGGUCGGACAGUAAUCUGGGGUCCCCCCCUCGGUCCCACUCCCACAUUGGCUACAACUCUUAUCUAGGUUCACAGUCAAUCUUGGGGUCCCCUCCAGGGUCAAGGUUGAACCUGAGGUCAUCGCUUGGCUCCCACUCCAACCUGAUGUUGCCUUCUUCCAGUAUGUUCUGUCUGGACAGCUCUGGAGAGGAGAGUGAGGAAGAGGUGAAGUGGGAGGAGAGCAGCUCUCCCCCGCUGGGGGAGAUGGGGAGGAGGAGGUCCUGUCUGAAGGUGGUGGUACAGGAGGAGGAGAGGAGGAGGAGUGGAGAGAGGGAUCACAGCAAGAGGAGGAGUAGUAUGAAACAGGUGCAGUGGGAUGAAGAUGGACUGACCUGGGAUGUUUAUGGAGCCUCCCUGGACCCAGAGGUGCUCAGCUCAGCCUUACAGAAACACUUACAACUCCUGACCAGGACAGACAGCACAAACACAGAAACCACUUCCAAGACCAAACCCAAGUCAAGGGUUAAGAUCAUGUCUAAGACCAAGAACCCUCCCAUGGAAACCACUACCACGUCAAUCCCUGUUAUGACAACCAAGCUCAAGACCGCUUCCAUGGAAACCGCAACCACGUCAACCUCUGUCACAAAAAAAAGAAAGGCCACUUUCAUGGCAACUUCCCCAAUGGCAACCCUUGUCACACCCUUAUCGAUUAAUAGCAUGGCGACUGCUGCUAUAGAGACUGAGACUGACACUAAAGGAGAGGGAGACAGAGAGGGAGAUAGAAAGCGAGGAGAGGUAGAGAGAGAAGGAGAUGUACAGAGAGAAGCAGAGGGAGAAAGAAAGGGAGAGAGAGAAGGAGAGGUAAAGAGAGGAGAGGAGGAGGGAGAAGGUACAGAGGAGGAGGGGACACUGGUGCUGUCUCGUAAGUCGUCGUCCCAUGAGAGUGGGCGGCGCAGAAAGAAGAGUGGAGGAGUGAUCAGGUCACUAAAGCGAUGCAUUCGCUCCUCAAACCCCAAUGACUAACACUGGAAGCACACCCAGAAGGUGGACAUUCUCCCAUUAUAAGACUAACCGAUGACUGCAUAGGACUAACACAGGGGGUUGGUGGGGUUCAGUCUGAAAGGGAAAAGAGUCAUCGUAUAGCCCCAACACUGGAGUCCAUCUGUAAAUACCUAACACUGGAGUCCAUCUGUAAAUACCUAACACUGGAGUCCAUCUGUAUUGCUCUAACACUGGAGUCCAUCUGUAUUGCUCUAACACUGGAGUCCAUCUGUAUUGCUCUAACACUGGAGUCCAUCUGUAUUGCUCUAACACUGGAGUCCAUCUGUAUUGCUCUAACACUGGAGUCCAUCUGUAUAAACCUGGACUCCGUACUGAUGUAGUGUAGUUUUUAGCUACUUUAUAUUUUUGUUGUUACCUCAAACAAAAUGUAUUUCUGUUGGUAUUCAAAUGUAUCUGCCAGUAGGUAAAACAAGUUUUGGCUUUUUAAUAGAAGAAAUACUACUUGAGUUCAGGGCUGCAAUAACAGGUCCAGGAUUCAUUGACGUCAAUAUGUGUUUUGUUAUUGAUCAGUUACUGCCUAACUGCAGAGUAUUACAAUACGUGUGGGAAUGUGAAUGUAUGGAUGCUGUGGUUGAUUGUAAAGAAUCUCCAAUGGAAGAAAAAAAACUGUCAUGUAUUAAAUAAUCUGGUCAAAACACAACUAUUGUCACUUUCAUAUGUAUUCUCUAUGUAUUCUCUAUGUAUUCUCUGUGUAUUCUCUAUGUAUUCUCUAUGUAUUCUCUGUGUAUUCUCUAUGUAUUCUCUGUGUAUUCUCUAUGUAUUCUCUGUGUAUUCUCUAUGUAUUCUCUAUGUAUUCUCUAUGUAUUCUCUGCACUAUACAUAUACAGCACACUCCCUCACCCUCUCAAAAUAAACACACAGGCACUCACAGACCGUGUAAACUUG